AUGAAUACAAUUCGAUCAACCUGGAUAGGCUGGGGCACCCUUUGCGUCGCCGGCGGCGGUGCCUACUACUUCGCUAAGAAAUCCAUCAACGCCGACCGCGCCUCGCGAUAUGAAGCCGAAAUAAAAAAGAAAGCCCAGCUAGCCGCAAUGGAAGCCGAGCACCGACACCAGGCCAACGUCAAGCAAUCACAGCAGAUCACAUCGCCGUCCGAGGACCCGAGCUACAAGCGUGCGAAACAGUCUCGGUUUCAGAAUGCUGCGGACGAUGUAGCGUCGCCGAGCGAGGAGGCGGGUCACGACCCGGCGCCCACGCGCCACGAGCCGGAGACGGAGGAGGAUCGGUUGUUGGAGAAGGGGAAGUAUGAGGCGUCGAGGCCGUUUAGACCUCCGCCGGGGAAUCGGCUCUAG